AUGCGCUCAAUUUUCUUCCUUGCCAUCCUUUUGGCCUCGACGUGUGCGACGGUCCAGCUGAGCGGCCAGGUGAAGGCGUUCGUCCAGAAGCUGCUCAAUAAGGUCACCACGCCAAAAUUCUUCACCGUCACCGACAAGUUGAUUUGCGAUGUUGGCAACGACACGGCCACCUGGGCGGCCCAGAAUUGCGCGCUUUCUGAGCUUAUUGACAAUAUGAGCGCCAAGGGCUCCUCCUAUCAAAACACGCUCAUCACGACCAAAGCCAGCCUAGCCAACUACCUGUUCACCUUCAUCCAAUGCUUGAGCGAUUGCAAAGACAACGGCCUCACCGACUUCAUCAAGGGCACUAUCGGGUUCGCGCUCUCAAACACGCUGACGAAGCCGUACAACACGUGCGUGACGCAAAAGAUGCCGGCCAUGAUCAGCGCGGGCAAGACGAUUCUGCAGCGCCAGGAGCAGUGCAGCAAGUGCGGCGUUGCCGCGAUGACGGACGACUUGAUCACCAAAGUUGUUAAGACGACGAUGCAGCGAACCUUCGUGAAUACGUGGACUAAAUGCCAC